UUGUGUGGGUGCACACGGUGUGAAAUGUUUGCCGUACACACACUUUCAGUGUACAUAAAAAAAUAAAUCCAGAAGUUUAGCAGUCGCCACCUGUGAGGUUGGCGUUCAACUUUCAGCGUUAUGGGAGAGCAGGCUUUGCGUGUUUUGGCCUGUGGAGACGUGGAAGGAAGAAUCAAUGCUUUAUUCAACCGCGUGAGGACCAUUCAGAAGAAGAGCGGGCAGUUUGAUCUGCUGCUCUGUGUUGGAGAUUUCUUUGGUUCGUCUGAAGAGGCGCAAGCAGAAUGGGAAGAGUAUAAAUCGGGAGCUAAGAAAGCCCCCAUCCACACGUAUGUGCUUGGGGCAGCAAGCUACGAAACAGUGAAGUAUUUCCCCAGUGCAGAUGGCUGUGAGUUGGCUGAGAAUAUAAUCUAUCUGGGCCGCAAGGGGGUGUUUACAGGCGCGUCGGGGCUCCAGAUCGCUUACGUGAGUGGGCGAGAAGGCCAUCAGGAGCCUGCCCCAGCACACUGCUUCUCCCCUAAAGAUCUCUCUGCCCUGGUGGAGCCCCUGGUGAACUCCAAGUUCAAAGGGGUGGACAUCCUGCUCACCUCACAGUGGCCUCGUGGAGUCUGGCAGUAUGGCAACAACCCUGAAGUGGACACAAGAUUUUGUGGCGUGGGGUCUAUCGCCAGCCUGGCCAAUCACCUGAGGCCUCGCUACCACUUUGCAGGUAUGGAGGGGGUGAGCUAUGAGAGGCUGCCUUACCGGAACCAUUUAGUCCUUCAGGAGAAUUCCCAGCAUGUUAGUCGAUUCAUUGCCCUCGCUGCAGUCAACAAUCCUGCCAAGAAGAAGUAUUUAUAUGCGUUCAACGUAAUCCCCAUGAAGAACAUGGACCCUGUAGAACUGGUGAAACAGCCACAAGAUGUUACAGAGAAUCCCUACAGAAAGCCUGCCGUGGCCGGCCAGAAAGGCAGACCUGGCAUUACAUUUCCCACGGAGCAGGAGGAGCCAGCAUCUCAGUUUUUCUUUGACCUGGGGAGGAGGCCUCAGCACCAACGUCGUCAGCAGCAUCAGAAUCAGCACCAAAAGAAUCGGGAGGAACGUCUUCAGCAGCAGCAGCAGUAUUAUCAGCAGCAUCAGGGGCAGCAGGAACCGGGGAAGGAACCAGGGCAGGAACCGGGGCAGGAACCGGGCCGGAAGAGACCCUCGGAGGGAGAUCGGUUUCCAGGCGGUCAGCACCACCAGCUUCCCAAACUGCCACGCAAACCCCCUCAGCCUACCGGUCCCUGCUGGUUCUGUUUGGCCAGCCCAGAGGUGGAGAAACACCUGGUGGUCAGCAUCGGCACACACUGCUACUUGGCCCUGGCUAAAGGCUGCCUGACCCCUGACCACCUGCUGCUGCUGCCCAUCGGCCACUACCAGUCCGUGGUGGAGCUGGCCUCGGAGGUGGUGGAGGAGCUGGACAAGUACAAGAGCGCCCUGCGCAAGUUCUACAAGAGCCUCGGCAAGCGUUGCGUGCUCUUCGAGAGGAACUACCGCAGCCAGCACCUCCAGCUGCAGGCAGUCCCUGUGCCACUGGAUAAGUGCGCCACAGACGACCUGAAAGAAGCCUUCAUGGUCCAGGCGCAGGAGCAGCAGAUCGAGCUGAUGGAGAUUCCCGAACACACAGAUCUGAAGCAGAUUGCCCCUCCAGGGACUCCGUACUUCUAUGUGGAGCUGGACUCUGGAGAAAAGCUCUUCUACAGGAUCAAGAAAAACUUCCCCUUGCAGUUUGGCCGAGAGGUGCUGGCCAGUGAGUCUGUGUUGAACAUCCCAACGCGGGCCAACUGGAAGGACUGUAAAUACACACGUGAGGAAGAAGAGGAUAUGACCAAACAGAUCCGCAGCAAGUUUGAGCCCUUUGACUUCACCAUGGAAGACUGACCUUUGACCUCACCCUGGAGGACUGACCUUUGACUUCACCCUGGAAGACUGACCGACCAUCACACU